AUGCCUAGCGAAUAUCAGGGCAUUCUUGAUGUUGGGUUCAUGGAUGAAAUUAAGACAGACCAGCCAUUAUUGUCUCCAACCGCUACCAAAGCACCUGCGAAAUACUGGAAACCGAAAAAGCUAUGCCCGGAUUUUAUAAAGCCUUCAUUUCUAAGCAGGAGCAAAGCACCUGCAAGACCGCUCCAUGCAACUGCGUGGCUUGACGGGUUGAGGGGUUAUGCAGCAUUCUUGGUGUAUAUUCUACAUCAUGAACUAUGGGCCCACACCUUAGUAUAUGGCAAUUGGAUCAUGGAGAUGGGUUUUGGCUAUGAGGAAAAAUACUUUUUGGUUCAAUUACCUUUGCUGCGGACAUUCUUCACCGGUGGUCAUCUCGCUGUAACCACGUUUUUUGUUAUUUCAGGAUAUGUUCUCUCUAGGAAACCAUUGAUGCUCAUUCAAUCAGGAGAUUUGGCAAAGUUUGGAGAUAAUCUUGCAUCGGCAUUAUUCAGACGUUGGAUACGGUUAUGGCUCCCAGUGAUCGCCACGACGCUCAUAUAUCUCACCAUAUGGCAUAUGUUCAAUAUCUAUCCUGUACCAAGAUCAGAGCAUGAAGAGAAGUGGACCAGCGAGGUAUGGAAAUGGUAUCUGGAGUUCAAGAACUUCAGUUAUAUUUUCCGAACUGGAGGAGAUCCUUGGUUUACCUAUAAUGUUCACGUGUGGUCAAUACCCGUUGAGAUCAAAGGUUCUAUUACCAUUUACACGGCACUUAUGGCAUUCUCGAGAUGCUCACGGAAUGCCAGGCUUUACCUCGAGCUCGGGUUGAUAUACUACUUCAUGUACAUUGCGGAUGGUGCUCACAAUGCAAUGUUUGUGGCUGGUAUGCUUCUUUGCGAUUUGGAUUUACUCGCCGAAAAUGAUGACUUGCCCCAUUUCUUCUCCAAGUUUGAUUCCUGGAAAGAACUCAUCUUUUUCAACCUCUUUAUGGCCGCCAUGUAUCUUGGAGGUGUACCAACUUAUGAUUCGGAUCUGAAGGUAUUGCGAAACUCUCCCGGAUGGCAUUAUUUAUCGUAUUUGAAGCCGCAAGCCGUAUUCGAUUACAAAUGGUUCUAUCUCUUCUUCGCCGCAACCUUUCUCGUGGCAUCUAUUCCUCGAAUUCCAUGGCUGAAGAGCUUCUUCGAAUGUCGAUUCUGUCAGUAUAUGGGUCAUGUGUCUUUUGCCUUCUAUCUUGUGCAUGGACCUGUCAUGGUACUGCUGGGCGAUAGAUUGUAUUCAGCGGUCGGCUGGUCAAAAGAAAUGUCUGAGGAGAUGGGGCCCUGGAGAAACAUCCUUCCAAUAUCGAAAGCUGGGCCGUUUGGCAUGGAACUUAGCUUCUUUGUCCCGCAUUUGAUUAUUUUGCCCGUUACUCUUUGGGCUGCGGAGAUAGUUACAAAAUUGGUCGAUGAACCUACUGUUAGGUUUGCACAGUGGCUAUACAAAAAAACUCUCGCGCCAUCGCCUCGUUUGUAA